AUGUCGACAUCCUCGACGAGCAAGCUCGCUCGCCCCGUCCCCUUCACACCCAAGCGCACCCACUCCCUCAUCCCCGACGACGCCUCCGACUCCCGCCUCCCCCGCUCCACGACGCCCUCCCUCCUCGCGUCCUCCAAGAAGUAUAAAGCCCCACUAUCCUCAGAGUCCCGCACCCGCCUCACCUCCAAACCCGGCCCCCUGUUCGUCCCGCCCACGCCCUCGCGUAGUAAGAGCCGCGAUGGGAGCACUCCGGGGAGCGCGAGGCCGAAGACGCCUGCGUCCCCGCGCAAGGGCACGGAGAGCCCGCUGCUGAUGCCCCAUGUGAGCGAGAUGGACGUGAGCAGGAUCGACCCGGAGGAAGCGCUGGUCGACUUUGAGACGGUGACGGAGGUGGGGGACGUCUCGGCGGACUUGGACGAGGUCGAUGCGAUGCUGAGGGAGGAUUAUGGGAAGGAGGACAAGGUGCUGGUUUCGAUCAGGAUACGGCCCUCCGAAAACCCGUCCGCAUGGGACGUCACCACCUCCACCCAGCCCCGGACGAUCAAGCUCCUCCCGCAGCACGCCAAGUCCGCCGCGACCCCGCCCCAGGACUUCCGCUUCGACGAGAUCCUCACCGGCUCCGAGAACAAGCCCGUGUACACCGCCGUCGCGCGCUCGCACGUCUGCGCCGCCAUGGACGGCUACAACGCCGUCGUCUUCGCGUACGGCCAGACCGCCUCCGGCAAGACGUUCACGCUCUCGGGCGACGACGCCCAGCCGGGCAUCAUCCCGCGCGCCAUGAAGGACGUCUUCGCGUACAUCAAGCGCACCCCCGCGCGCGAGUACCUCCUCCGCUGCUCGUACCUCGAGAUCUACAACGAGGCGAUCCACGACCUGCUCGCGCCGCCCUCUAGCUCCGUCUCCCAGCCGGUGCAGAUCCAGGGCACCGGGCCGAACGUCGUCCUCACCCCGCUCAGGGAGGAGGUCGUGACGAGCCUGAAGGGCGUGCACGAGGUGCUCCAGCGCGGCGAGGGGAACAGGCGCACGGCGAGCACGGACUGGAACGAGCGUAGUAGUCGCAGCCACAGCGUCUUCCGGCUCGUGAUCGAGAGUAGGGAGCGGGGGGGCGGGGGCGGGGACGAGCCGCCGAGCGGGCGGACGACGCCUGGGUUCAGGCCGCCGACGCCGGGAGGCCCGAGGCUACAGGCGAAGGGGGGGCGGAGUGUGCAGACGUCCGUUCUGAGCUUGAUCGACCUCGCGGGAUCCGAGAAGGCGACCUCGGACAAGGACAGGACGAGGGAAGGCAAGUACAUCAACACCAGUCUGCUCACCCUCGGGACGGUCAUCUCGACGCUCGCCGAGAACGCAGCACGGGGCAAAUCCGACCAUGUCCCCUUCCGCAACUCCAAGCUCACGCGCAUGCUCCAGCCCUCGCUCGCCGGCAACGCGCGCAUCUCCGUCAUCUGCACAAUCAACCCCGACGUGUCCGCGGUCCCCGAGUCCACCUCGACCCUCCUCUUCGCGCAGCGCAUCAAGAAGGUGCAGCUGCACGCGCAGAAGAAGGAGGUCGUCGACACCGACGCCCUGCUCGAACGCUACCGGAAGGAGAUCGAGGAGCUGCGGAAGCGGCUCGCGGAGAAGGAGGCGCCAGACGGGCCCGUCAAGGGCAGGAGGCUGAGCGCGCGCGAACAGCUCGACGAGAGCCUGGCGAUGCACAACUUGAACGCGCGGAUCAAGCAGCUGACGAAGCUGAUCCUGACUAGCCAGACGGUGGAUGAGAACAAGGGCGACGAGAGUCGGCCGGCGAGCCCGACGAAGGUCGACUUUGACAUGUCGCCGUAUCAGCUCCAACAGGAGCUCCUCGCAGCGCGGCGCGAGCUCGAGACGCAGGCGACGCAGAUCCUCUCGCUCGAGGCGGCGCUGGCGACGCGCCCGCAGCUGCCCCCCGACGCGCCCGAUAGCGAGAAGGACAAGCUGCUGCACGAGCAGGCGAGGACGAUCCGCGAGCUCGAGAUCGUCGUCAAGGGCUACGAGGACAACCUCGGGGAGCCGCUGCGCGCGGUGCGCGAGGACGUCGAGAAGGAGUGGGCACAGAAGCUCGAGGCGGAGACGCGCCUGCGGCAGGAGAAGGAGGCGUGGGCGGACGCGCUCGUCAAGCAGCUCGACAAGGAGCGGAGGAUGCGCAUUAAGCUCGAGGAGGAGCGCCAUGCCCUCGCGGCGUUCGUGAAGAAAUUCGACCAGCUCGGGCUUGGAGGGCCCGUCAUGCCCCUGUCGAAGCUCAACCCGCCUCUACCGACACCUGGCGGCGCAGCGGCGGUGUUUGCGCAGCGGCAGAAGACGAAGGUGUCGCAGCUCAAGGAGCAUCCUUUGGCUCCGCUCGCGGAGACGGAGUCGCCUAUCCGGCUGGCGAGCGAGGCGUCCCAUAAGAGCUUGCUCGAGGAGGAGUGGGACAUCGGCGAGGACGUCGACGUGAGCAUCGAGCUCGAGAAGAGCGGGGUUGCGAUGUCGCCGCCCAAGACUGGUCUCGCGCCUGCGCGGAAGGGCUCGCAGAGUCCGACGCGGGAGAUCCUUAGUGAGAAGGAGAAUUUGCCUGUAUAGACUGUCGGUUGUUUUCGGACAUGCUUUGCUUUGUUGCUACGACUAUAUUGCUUAUGUCGCAUCCAGUGCGCAGUGCGCCCAUGUAUACCACGCAUACACACACAUUGCACGAACUUGCUUGAUAUGUACAUUUCUGAACAUGACCGCGGACAAUUCCCUAUUCUCUGAUCAUAACAUUUGGUCCGCAUAGAAGGAGGAAAUCAAGUCGAGAUGUGUUCCGGAACGAUCAUGGCAGGGAGGUGCGCGACCACCUCAUGUAGUACACCGCUUCCUCUAUUGGCCCCUGGCUCAAUCCCAGGUUCAAAGUCUCCUUCCAAUCCUCCUCCACCUGGAAGCCCCACUUUUCAUAGAACCGUUUCGCCCCCUCGUUCUUCUGGAAGACGAUUAGCGACAGCCCCCGCUCGCCAAAUUCGUCCUGGAUGACCUCCAUCAGCCGUCCCCCAUACCCUUUCCCGCUCUCCCCUGCCCUGACGAAGAAGUGGUCGAUCUCGUCGGCGUCUUUGUUCGGGCGGCCGUCCGGCUUCACGGUCGCGUAUGCGAGGAGCUCGCCCGUGUGCGAUUCGAGCACGUAAGUUUUGCGGGCCUUUGGCGGGAACAGUCGAGCUCGCAGUAUAUCCCGGACGGCGGAGAGCGCAUAAUAAGGGUCAUCAGAAAAUUUGACCCCGGGCACGCUCGUGUCCAGGGAAUGGACGAAGAGAGGCGCGAGUUGCUCGAUGUCGGACUGAGUGGCUUCGCGCACGAUAGGUGUCAUGAGGAUCAUGGGUACCGGUGAGGGCUGGCUUCGAGGUACUUGUCGGUGGUAUGCAGUGCUGCGGUUAACAGGUCGUGUUAUAUAGCACGGCCGCAGGCUUGCGUGUCAUACCGGGGGCAUUCGAUUGUAACGGUGCGCAGCGGGCAAACUGCGCAAACUGCAGCGUGGUCGGUGUAUGGUCCGAGAAGUCCCACAUGAUGGGGCUGCGAAAGCUUCCUAUGCUUUAUUGGAUAAUGGAGGAGAUACACCCGCAGCUGGACCCUGCUG